AUGGGAGAUACUGCUACUAUUCAUAUUCCUCGAGUGAAGCUUGGAAGCCAAGGCCUAGAAGUUUCUAAGCUGGGAUAUGGAUGCAUGGGCCUCACUGGAGUAUACAACGAUGCUGUUUCAGAAGAUGUUGCUAUAUCUUUGAUCAAACAUUGUUUCAACAAAGGAAUCACUUUCUUCGAUACAUCAGAUGUUUAUGCAGCACAUGUUAAUGAAGUUUUGGUCGGAAAGGCACUAAAGGAUUUACCAAGAGAUCAAAUUCAGAUUGCUACAAAAUUUGGGAUUGUCAAAAUGGAAUCUGGUAAAGUUGUUGUAAACGGUAGUCCUGAGUAUGUUCGAUCUUGUUGUGAGGGUAGUCUUCGACGUCUUGGGGUGGAAUACAUAGAUCUGUAUUAUCAGCACCGGAUUGACACCACUGUUCCCAUUGAGGAUACUAUGGGAGAGUUGAAAAAGCUGGUUGAAGAGGGAAAGAUUAAGUAUAUAGGAUUAUCCGAGGCUAGUACUGAUACAAUCAGAAGGGCACAUGCUGUUCAUCCUAUUACUGCUGUUCAAAUGGAAUGGUCCCUUUGGACUCGUGAAAUUGAGCCGGAUAUUGUUCCCCUUUGCAGGGAACUUGGUAUUGGAUUAGUACCAUAUAGUCCCCUUGGCCGUGGAUUUUUCGGAGGCAAGGCUAUCACAGAAAGUAUACCUGCAACCAGUUUUCUGGCAAUGCAACCAAGGUUACAAGGAGAGAACUUGGACAAGAACAAGAUACUUUUUUCUCGGAUGGAAAAGUUGGCAGAGAAGCACGGAUGUACAUCUUCUCAACUUGCGCUUGCAUGGCUUCUUCAUCAAGGAGACGAUGUAGUCCCAAUCCCUGGAACAACUAAGAUAAAAAAUCUGGAAAGUAAUAUCGGUUCAUUUAAAGUGAAGCUCAACAAAGAUGAUUUGAAGGAGAUUGAAGAUGCUGUGCCAAUAUCAGAGGUGGCGGGGAGUCGUACUACCGAUGCUUUUGCUAAAUGCUCAUGGAAGUUUGCUAAUACUCCAACAAAAGCAUAG